GGCUUAGCCUCCUUGUGUGGCUCUGUGUGCGGGGGCAGAGGCGAUAAGCAGGAUCCUCAGCAUGGCAGCGAAGGCACGAGUUUUAUAUGAUUUCUCUGCUGAACCUGGAAAUAAUGAGCUCACUGUCAAAGAGGGGGAAAUUGUCACAGUUACCAACAAGGAUGUUGGUGGAGGAUGGAUAGAAGCAAAAAAUUCUCAAGGUGAUAGAGGACUUGUCCCAACAGAUUAUGUUGAGUUUAUAUCUGAUGGUGUCGUUGCUGGCGGUACUAAUGCCGAUCAGGCAUUUUUCGAUUCUCUUUCCACAUCUCAAAAUUCUGCAGCACACAACCAUGAACCGGAAAAAAAUGCUGUUGACCCAUGGUCAGCCUGGAAUGAACCUAAGUCUUCUACAGACAAUGCUGGUGAUCCAUGGGGUAUGAAUCAAAAAAACAGUACAACAAAUAACUGGGAAUCUAGCUCAGCAUUUGGGCAUCCACAAGCUUAUCAGGGUCCAGCUGUUGAUGACGAUGAGUGGGAUGAUGACUGGGAUGAUACCAAAUCUUCUCCUCCGGGUUACCUUGGUUCAGAGACAUCUGAAACUGGAGCAGCUCAGCGUGGAGCGGGGCGCCCGGCAUCCAUGAAGAUACCUCUUAGCAAAUUUCCUGGUUUUGCAAAAUCUGGAGUUGAUCAAUAUCUCAUGGCAAAACAGAUACCAAAAACCAAAGAGAAAAUUCCAAUUAUUAUAGGAGAUUAUGGCCCAAUGUGGGUCUACCCAACUUCAACAUAUGACUGCAUUGUAGCUGAUCCUCGCAAGGGAACCAAAUUGUAUGGUCUGAAGAGUUAUAUUGAAUAUCAGCUCACAGCAACAAAUACAAACCGUUCAGUAAACCACAGGUAUAAGCACUUUGAUUGGUUGUAUGAGCGUCUUCUGAUUAAAUUUGGGUUAGCAAUACCUAUUCCUUCUCUUCCAGACAAACAAGUUACAGGGCGUUUUGAAGAAGAGUUCAUAAAGAUGCGAAUGGAGAGGCUACAAGCAUGGAUGUCAAGGAUGUGUCGACAUCCUGUUAUCUCGGAGAGCGAAACCUUCCAACAAUUUCUUAAUUUUCGGGAUGAGAAGGAAUGGAAAAUUGGCAAGAGAAAAGCAGAGAAAGACGAAAUUGUUGGCAGCAUGAUUUUUUCCACAGUGGAGCCAGAAGCCCAAGACUUGGAUAUGACAGAAGUGGAACAGAAGUGUGAGGCUGUCAGCAGGUUUACCAGAGCCAUGGAUGAUGGUGUUAAGGAGUUGCUUACUGUCGGCCAGGAGCACUGGAAGCGAUGCACAGGACCACUACCCAAGGAAUAUCAGAAGAUUGGAAAAGCCUUGCAGACUCUGUCACAAGUGUUUAGCACCAGUGGUUAUCAAGGUGAAACAGAGCUGAACAGUGCAAUCAUAGAAGCCGGAAAAACUUAUGAAGCUAUUGCAAACCUUGUGGAGGAACAGCCAAAGAAAGAUCUUCAUUACCUAAUGGAAACAAAUCAUGAGUAUAAAGGUUUUUUAAGUUGUUUCCCAGACAUUAUCUCUGCUCAUAAGGGAGCCCUAGAGAAGGUAAAGGAAAGUGAUAAAUUGGUGGCCACAAGUAAAAUUACACAGCAAGACAAAGUAAACAUGAUGAAGCGAGUAAGCGUUAUGUCAUAUGCACUUCAAGCUGAAAUGAAUCACUUUCACUCCAAUCGAAUAUAUGAUUACAACAGUGUAAUUCGGCUGUAUCUAGAACAACAGAUACAGUUUUACGAAACAAUUGCAGAAAAGCUGAAGCAAGCCCUUAGUCAAUUCCCGGUGAUGUGAAAUAAAUAGUUGAAAUGGACCGAAUUUAAAAUUUUGAAGUGCACUUGAUGAAUUUUUGAGAUAUCCCUCUGGACACUGCUUCUAAGAGAAAUCCAUUACAUUGUGCAAUUCCAGCCAAUGUGUUUACAACGCACCUUUACACUAAAUGUUUCAGUUUUAAAGGUGCAGUUGCAUUUCUCGGGGCACUUUAAUGUCGCAGCUUAACAAAUUUAUAUUAGUUUAGAAAAAACAUUAGACUUGGUUCACCCCAUGCCUUCUGCCUUAUAGUGUUCAAUGCAAAGGGAGUGACAUUAUUUCAGAGCUAUUCCAUGCAAAAACACUUGUCUCCUGUCCCAAAUCUCCUUUGCAUUUGGUGGACCCACUGUGUGCAGAUGGGUUGUUCAGUGGGUGUUUAUUUCUAUGCAUUCAAAUUGGAUACACAUCAAAUU